AUGGCUAUGAUCCUGUCCCCUAGCGUGCCCUCGAUCCGCCCUGAUUCGGUGAAAUCCUAUAAGGCCGAGUCGAUUUGCAGUGGUGGUGGUGGGACACUCGUUCACAUUGGAGAGGAGGGUACGCAGAAUCUAGAUGGCAACGAGUUGUUACAGAUGAACUUGAGAAGGAUGUUCGAGGAUCGUAUUCUCACCGAUUUCACAAUAGUCUGUGAGCUCUGGCCUCCCGUUUCCAACGUGAAGAAGGUAUGUGGAGUCCUACGGCAACAGCUAUGCCAACCACGAGCCACUAAUAAAUUAGAAAUACAUCAGAAGUUGAAUGUGAUGAAGGCUCUGGUACGGUUCAUGUACUUUGGUGGUCUUGCCGGUGACCAUCUUUCCCUCUCCGCUGCCGAUACACUGAGUGUGUUGGCUGAAGCAAGGAACCUCGGUAUUGAAGCCUUGACUGAGGAUAUGGUGGCCCAGGUCAUACUGCCAAAGCUCGACCCGCAUAAUUGCCUAUCGAUUCUGCUACAUCCAUCGUUGGCCUCCUUACCUUCCAUCUCUCGAGAAGUGUCGGCUUAUGUUGGUCAGCAGUUGCCCCGUCUACUCCACACUGAUACUCUGAGGAGGAAGUUAUUGGACGGCAACCUGUCCCAGUUUGUCAUGGCUCAUGUGCUUGGCCCGGCUUCUCAAGCUAUUGCCACUGAUCUAGACUGCGAGAGUGUUGUCCGCUUCGUUACGGAAUGGGCUGGUCUGGACUCAAUCUGUGAUCUUCUGAGGCAGUGCAAAGGGUGGCAGGAGUGGAGGCAAGCUGCGACAGCUGUUCGAGGAAAGUUUGCCGAGAUCGAUACCCUGCCCGGCUAUUCUCCUCCUGAGUCUACGGCUUCGGCUCAUGAAUGGUACAUCCCUAGUCUCCGUGCCCUCCUUCCUGACAACACUCCAGGAGGCGCUGCUGAGUCGGGAGAAGCAGUACGGGUCAUUAAGGGUCAAUUCUUCUCCUGGGUAGUGCGCCUUGACAGAGCUGACGAGGGCCGUAUCAGAAUCGUGUAUGAAUCGGCCGACCUGCGUCUGCCCAUUAAGAGCUCAUUCGCUGAGAGGCUAUGUGUUAAGCGCUUCCCGGCAGCUCAGUUCCAAUGGGAGGUUAGUGCGGUAUCGGUGCCGUCCGGCGCUGCUCCAGGCAGAUCAAGACCACCACAUCAUCAAUGGCAGACUGUUAUGAACAGCGACAGGCCGCCAGUGUUCAUAUGCUUCCCAUCUGGCGUUAAUCUCCAUUGGAGCACCACCAUUCCAAUAGGGGUUCCACCAGGUGAAGAUGUGGCAUUGUCUGUGAAGGCUAACCUUGUGGAAAUACCAUUGGUCUCCCUGAUACUAUGCGUGAGUUCUUUCUCUCUGUUCCAGCAGCAGCUUGUGGCAGGAGGCGGAGGCAACGGCGCGACCUCGGGGAUCGGUGGGACCACUAAUCUGAGUAACCUGUCAGCGUUGAAGUCUCACGAGUAG